CCAAGAUCACAGGUCACAUGACAGAUUUGUGUAGCGAUGAAACAGACAACUCUCCUCCUCUUCAGCUUCACACUCUCAAGGAGUUUGAACAGCACCUGAAUGACCUGAAGAAGGAAAACUUCAGCCUCAAGCUCCGCAUCUACUUCCUGGAGGAGAGGAUACAGCAGAAGUAUGAGGAGAGCAGUGAAGAUGUCUACCGUACGAACAUCGAGCUGAAGGUGGAAGUAGAGAGCUUGAAGCAGGAGCUCCAUGAGAAACAGCAGCUUCUGGACAAAGCCCUCACAACAGCGGAGAGCUUAACCAAUCACAAUGAGGCAGAGCUGCAGAGACGGUGUCAGGAGAGACAGCAGGAAAUCGACCACAUGCAGCAAGUGCUUGAGACCAAGAUUCAGCUCCUGCAGGAGGAGGCCCAGCUAGCACGCAGCGAGGCUGAGCGGAUGGCCUCACUGGCUGGAUCGCACUCCCACGCCUCCCUCCUCUCCCUAGACACCCCCAUGGAGGACAUCCCAGAAGACGAGAGGCCUCUGAGCAUCCUGUCCACUUCCAACACCAACAAAGACAGGUUAAUAGAAGAGCUGGCUAAAGAGCUUCGCUCCAAGGAGGCCCUCAUCACCGAGCUGAGUGGGGAGAAGACGACUCUCACACUCAGGGUGGGAGAGCUGGAGGGACAGGUUCAGGAGCUGUCUUCAUCUCUGCUGCAGAAGGACAAGGAUGUGGAGUAUUAUCAGGAGGAACUUGGUCAAGAGAGGCUGCGCAUCGAGGAGGAGAUGCAGGCAUCUCGCUGGUUAGCAGUUUGGUGGGUCUGGUUCCAGCCGGGUGGUCGUUAGGUCAGGUUGACCUUUGAGUGCUCAGCGACCCCAGCGCUGAUAUCAAGUUGUGUUGUUUCAGACAGACAACCGCCAAAAGAGCUCUUAAUUAAUUCCCCAGACACCACAGCCAUUUAGAUCAAAUCUAUGUUGGGAGAGAGAGGUGGAGGCAGGAAAGAAAUAUGAUCCAAAACCUCUUCACACAAUUAUUUGCAGGGUUUCCUUUUCAAGAAUAAUUUGUAAUCUGUAAACAACUACAUUGUUUAUGUGUUUUGACAUUGGUUUGUCUUUGUGAAUAUUACAUUCACAAAAAUUGCUGAUCAAAAAGAAGAAAUACCAUAUGUCCAGACUCAUUUUUCAGCUGCAUCCCACAUGUGUUGUUGGUUGUCUGCGGCCUCCUUAAGGCAAAUUCUAAUAAAUAAUAA